AUGUUUCAGAUUUUGAAGGCAGACACUUGGACAGGUAGUAUGGAUGGCACAGGGUACAAGCAUGCAAACACCUCUCACAUUUCAUCUGUGAUGGGAAAGACAAGUGGGGUUCAGCUUGAGGUUGUGAAGGAACUGCUGGUGGAGUACCUAGAGAUUUAUAAUGGGUCUCUGCUGGGCAAGGACCAUCCUCUUGCACUUGCAGAAGGCCUUUGCAAGCUUGUUGGGUGGGGCAGUGACCAUGCCAAGGAUCAGAAGAAGUGUUUUUGGCUUCUCUCAGACUGGAAGCAGCAAGGUAUGGGAACCUUGAAGACAUGGCAGGUGAUUAUCCUCAGCUGA